AUGGCCCAUCGAGAGGAUGAUGAAGAAAAUGGUUUCAAUUCGAACGUCCGAUACAAUGUCGAUCAUUGCUUGGUGGAUCAUGAAGCAAUGUUCGGAAUGAUCACCAACGAUUCGGAACAAGAAAAAUUAAUGGCUGAAUUUCGUAACUAUGACAAUAAUCCUCGUGAUGAUAUUCCUGGUCCAAUUUCAUUUAUGGGACGAGGCAACGGACUUCGUUUUAGUACAAACACCAACAACAGCAAUGGCAACGAUGGAGUCCCUUCAUCCAUUCAUCCAACAAUGAAUUUUGCGACACAACAAAUGAUGAUGAAUAAGAAGAGUCGAAAACAACCAACAACAACCGAAUUACAACAUUGGAAAGAAAUGCGAAAUUUAGUAGAGGAGAAGGGACAAAGUAAAUUUCUUUCAUCUCUCAAACAAAUUCAAGAGAAUAGAACAGGAACUGCAAAAGACAAAAUUCCACUUUUACCUGUGAUUAUUCGACAAAUUUUGCAUUACGAUUCACACGAAUCAGCUCACGUUUUAGUUGGAGAAAUUGGAUCUGAUACUGAAAUGGAAGGAACAAUAUCGAGAAAAGCCAUCGAAAGAAAUCCAAGCAUUCUCACAGUUGAAACUGUGGUGUUGCUAAAGAAAAUUCAACUUUAUUGCCCUAGACCUGCAAAAUUUCACUUGAUCAUUUCUGAAAAGAAUACAGCCAAAGUUUGGAUGAACGAUCCUGAAGAAGCAAACCACAAGUUAAAAGUGAUAGUAGGAGCUUCUACCUCCUUGUCGUCAUCGCCAUCCACUGGACGAGUAGCUAAUGAAGAUAUGGACUCAUUUGGUCCCAAUAUUGAUAGUAUGGAUUCCACACCUCCAUCUGGAGAGUGUAGAGAGGGACUCAACUCUCGUCAAGGGCUUACUGAAGCUUGCUCAACAACAACAACAGCAAAUCAAACACUCCCAAACAAACGUGUGACUACAGAAAAAUUCAUUCCUCCUCCCCAACCAUUCCAACGACCACCUCCACCACCACAAAAAUCAUCAUCAACAACAAGUGCUUCAACGCCUCUUAAUACUUUAAAUACCACCACCUCCACCACCAUUGCUGCUACUACGAGUCGUUUUCGACCCCCACCUCCUCUUUACGAAACACCAGAGACUUUGAAAAAAGCAACUAGUGAUGAUACCAUUCCAUUGCCGAAUGAGUUUGAAUUUUCACAACCCUUAUUAACAACACCGACACGAUCCCACCACUCGAAUGCAAGAUUAAGAUCUGGGAAUCUCUCUCCAGAACUGACAGUAUUGACCACCUCCACCUCCACCACUACGACUACGACUACCUCCUCCAAACGAAAAUCCCAUCCAACCUCAAGCUCCUCAGCGCAAUCUUCCUCCUCUUCCUCCUCCAACAAUGAUUUCAGCGACAAUCCUAGGAACAAGAAGAGAAAACAAACCAAUGUACCCUCACUCGAUCCCAAUCAUGACUUAUCCCUUCUGAACACACCUUUGCAUCAUCACCUCCAAAAAGAUUCCUUCAAUGAUCCCUUAUUCGAUGAAAACUCCAAUCAAUCCACACCCAUGUCUUAUUCACCUCCUCUUUUUCAACAACAGCAAGAACAGCGACCGAGUCUGUCUGACCAACAAGUUCCUCCUUUUUAUCCAGCAAGAAUGUCCUCUUUGUCGACGACAACUACGACUAGUACAAACACCACAAGCAUUGGAAGUGAGACGAGUCGUCACUUAAACAAGGCACUCGACAUGGGAAAACACAAAAAGAGCCAGGUUGAUGCAACUCUUGAGGAGGAUGACGAUGAUGAUCCUCUCAAGGGCAUUCUAGAUGAAGAUGUGAAUGAUGAUGAGGUUUUAAUCCAACAACAACAACAACGACGACAACAAGAACGAUCUCUGACAGCUACCACCACACUUGUACCACCCAAACCCCCUCAGCAAGUAGUUCCACCACAACCACCACCACCAGUACAUACAAGUCAUUUAGCACAACCACCACCAAAACAACGAAAGACAGUUGUGAAUUUUGAUGAUGACGAUGACCCUCUCAAAGGUAUUCUUGGAGAUGAUGAGGAGGUUGCUUUGGAACAAUCCCUUUUCCAGGAAGCUCCUCUCCACAAGCCUACUGCUGGUAAAUCACAACAGAAAGCCAAAAAGAUGAUUGUAUUUGAUGAUGAUGAAGACUUUUGA